GACUCCAUCACUGACUCUAGUUAUUAUGGGUAACAGGGCAUUGUGGGUAAAGGAAGGGCUGGAUGUGUGAGGGAUAGAGCGCAAGGCAUUGUGGGUAACAGCUGCCUAGGGAAGAGAUGUGGGAGAGCAGGGCAUUGUGGGUAAGGUGAGAGCGCUCGCCUCUCUUUGAACCUUGCAGUUUACGGUUUCCAUGGCAGCCAGGGGUGGAGUUAGACGAGGCUGUCACUUCCUUGUUCCCGUCCCACUUUCCCACAAUGCAAAGCGCCUGCUGCUAUUCCUGAGAGCUGCGAAUGACUGACCUGCUGUAUCUGACCGGGAACUGGAACCAAUGGAGUCGGGAGAGAAGGAGUUGGUGAAGUUUGAGGACGUGGCCGUGUAUUUCUCGGAGGAUGAGUGGGAGUGUUUGGCCGAGGGGCAGAAGGAGCUGUACGAGGAGGUCAUGAUGCACAACUUUGAGCUCGUAACCUCUCUGGGACUGCUGAUACGGACAGGCAAUUGGCCGGCGGAUCUGGAGGCGGAGACUUGUGAUGCCCCUGAGAAGAGAAGUUCAGGGGAGCCGGAGCUGCACAUUAUAAUAAAAGAGGAGGAAGAGGUGGACGUGAGCCUGUCACCUGAUUCUGACUUCCACCACUACAACUUCCUAGGGUCACAUUUCGGGGUCACCUCGGGGUAUGUGCCGGCCUCUAUAAACCCCGAUUCCCCCGCUGCGUCUCAGAGGCGGUUCUUCCCGGGCCUCUCCUCGCAGGGGGCACAGUCUCAGGAUCGGCCAUUCUCCUGCCCCGACUGUCAUCGCAGUUUCAUGCGCAAGUCUCACCUGAGCAGUCACCAGCGCACACACCGGGGGGAGAGGCCGUACCCCUGUGAGGUUUGUGGCAAGCGCUUCCAUUACCGGCACCAUCUGGUGGGGCACCAGCGCAUCCACACGGGGGAGAAGCUGUUUUCAUGCGAGCACUGCGGCAUCCAGUUCAACCACAAGGGCAACUACCAGACGCACCAGCGCUUGCACACGGGGGAGCGCCCCUUCUCCUGCGACCUGUGCGGCAAGAGCUUUAACCGUAAGGCGGAUCUGAUCACGCACUGCCGGGUGCACACGGGGGAACGACCCUUCGCUUGCGGCGACUGUGACAGGAGCUUCAGCCGCAAACAGCACCUGGUCAUUCACCGCCGCCGCCACACCGGAGAGACGCCCUUCCCAUGUGACCAGUGUGAGCAGAGAUUUGCCCAGCGCAAGGCCCUACUGCGCCACCAGGAAUCGGCUCACUCGGCCGAGCGCCCCCACAGCUGCGCCCAAUGUGGGAAAGGAUUCGCCUGCCUCUCACACCUCCUCACACACCAGCGAGCGCAUCAGAAUGGCGGGAGCAGCUGUGGGGCGGGCGGGAAGCCCUUCUCCUGUGACCAAUGCCGCAAAAGCUUUGUAGCCAAGCCUCACCUGCAGGCGCAUCAGAGGAGCCACUCACGGGGGUCAGGGGAGCGCCCCUACACCUGCACAGACUGCGGCAAAGGCUUCAACAGCCGCCAGUACCUGAGCCGCCACCAGAAGAUCCACACGGGGGAGCGGCCGUUCCGCUGUAAUGUGUGCGGGGACAGCUUCAUCCAGAAACCCAACCUGGAGCGCCACAAGGGCAUUCACAGCGGCCAGCGGCCAUUCCCAUGCUUGGUCUGCGGCGGCACUUUCUAUAGGAAGCACAACCUGGUCAGGCACCAGCGCAUUCACACCGGCGAGCGGCUGCAUUUCAGCUGCAAAGUCUCCCAGCCGCCACUCACACAGACUCCGCCCCUUCCUGAACACGAGCCGCAGGCGGGGAGCCCCUGUAACAACCUCUGCUGUACCCACCCCGGGGGGCUCACCCAGCACUGAAUCACUGGCACCACCGGGCAGGUUUAGCGCCACUGUAAUAAUGGUGCCAGGGACACUGCCUCACACCCGCAUGGAAAAUGUGUAAGUGGCACAUACAGGGCAGGAUUUGCUGACUGACCAACAGAGCCCCUCCCCAUUCAGUGAGACAGAGUGGGUUAGAUCCAUCACACAUGGAGCAGAGUGAGGUGCAACUAGGGGUUAGAUCCAUCACACAUGGAGCAGAGUGAGGUGCAACUAGGGGUUAGAUCCAUCACACAUGGAACAGAGUGAGGUGCAACUAGGGGUCAGAUCCAUCACACAUGGAGCAGAGUGAGGUGCAACUAGGGGUUAGAUCCAUCACACAUGGGGCAGAGUGAGGUGCAACUAGGGGUUAGAUCCAUCACACAUGGAGCAGAGUGAGGUGCAACUAGGGGUCAGAUCCAUCACACAUGGAGCAGAGUGAGGUGCAACUAGGGGUCAGAUCCAUCACACAUGGAGCAGAGUGAGGUGCAACUAGGGGUUAGAUCCAUCACACAUGGAGCAGAGUGAGGUGCAACUAGGGGUUAGAUCCAUCACACAUGAAGCAGAGUGAGGUGCAACUAGGGGUCAGAUCCAUCACACAUGGAGCAGAGUGAGGUGCAAUUAGGUGUUAGAUCCAUCACACAUGGAGCAGAGUGAGGUGCAACUAGGGGUUAGAUCCAUCACACAUGGACAGAGUGAGGUGCAACUAGGGGUUAGAUCCAUCACACAGGGGCAGAGUGAGGUGCAAUUACGUGUCAGAUCCAUCACACAGGGGCAAACUGAGGUGCAAUUAGGGGUUAGAGCCUUCACACAGGGGCAGAGUGAGGUGCAAUUAGGUGUUAGAUCCAUCACACAGGGGCAGAGUGAGGUGCAAUUAGGUGUUAGAUCCAUCACACAGGGGCAAAGUGAGGUGCAAUAAGGGGUUAGAUCCAUCACACAGGGCCAGAGUGAGGUGCAACUAGGGGUUAGAUCCAUCACACGGGGCAAAGUGAGGUGCAACUAGGGGUUAGAUCCAUCACACUGGGCAAAGUGAGGUGCAACUAGGGGUUAGAUCCAUCACACUGGGCAAAGUGAGGUGCAACUAGGGGUUAGAUCCAUCACACGGGGCAAAGUGAGGUGCAUCUAGGGGUUAGAUCCAUCACACAGGGCAAAGUGAGGUGCAAUUAGGGGUUAAAUCCCUCACACGGGGCAAAGUGAGGUGCAAUUAGGUGUUAGAUCCAUCACACACACACACCAGGCAAAGUGAGGUGCAACUAGGGGUUAGAGCCAUCACACAGGGGCAGAGUGAGGUGCAACUAGGGGUUAGAUCCAUCACACAUGGAGCAGAGUGAGGUGCAACUAGGGGUUAGAUCCAUCACACAUGGAGCAGAGUGAGGUGCAACUAGGGGUUAGAUCCAUCACACAUGGGGCAGAGUGAGGUGCAAUUAGGUGUUAGAUCCAUCACACAGUGGCGGAGUGAGGUGCAACUAGGGGUUAGAUCCAUCACACAUGGGGCAGAGUGAGGUGCAAUUAGGUGUUAGAUCCAUCACACAGGGGCAAAGUGAGGUGCAACUAGGGGUUAGAUCCAUCACACAUGGAGCAGAGUGAGGUGCAACUAGGGGUUAGAUCCAUCACACAUGGGGCAGAGUGAGGUGCAAUUAGGUGUUAGAUCCAUCACACAUGGAGCAGAGUGAGGUGCAACUAGGGGUUAGAUCCAUCACACAUGGGGCAGAGUGAGGUGCAAUUAGGUGUUAGAUCCAUCACACAGGGGCAAAGUGAGGUGCAACUAGGGGUUAGAUCCAUCACACAUGAAGCAGAGUGAGGUGCAACUAGGGGUUAGAUCCAUCACACAUUGGGCAGAGUGAGGUGCAAUUAGGUGUUAGAUCCAUCACACAGGGGCAAAGUGAGGUGCAACUAGGGGUUAGAUCCAUCACACAUGGAGCAGAGUGAGGUGCAACUAGGGGUUAGAUCCAUCACACAUGGGGCAGAGUGAGGUGCAAUUAGGUGUUAGAUCCAUCACACAUGGAGCAGAGUGAGGUGCAACUAGGGGUUAGAUCCAUCACACAUGGAGCAGAGUGAGGUGCAACUAGGGGUUAGAUCCAUCACACAUGGAGCAGAGUGAGGUGCAACUAGGGGUUAGAUCCAUCACACAUGGGGCAGAGUGAGGUGCAAUUAGGUGUUAGAUCCAUCACACAGGGGCAAAGUGAGGUGCAACUAGGGGUUAGAUCCAUCACACAUGAAGCAGAGUGAGGUGCAACUAGGGGUUAGAUCCAUCACACAUGGGGCAGAGUGAGGUGCAAUUAGGUGUUAGAUCCAUCACACAUGGAGCAGAGUGAGGUGCAACUAGGGGUUAGAUCCAUCACACAUGGGGCAGAGUGAGGUGCAAUUAGGUGUUAGAUCCAUCACACAGGGGCAAAGUGAGGUGCAACUAGGGGUUAGAUCCAUCACACAUGAAGCAGAGUGAGGUGCAACUAGGGGUUAGAUCCAUCACACAUGAAGCAGAGUGAGGUGCAACUAGGGGUUAGAUCCAUCACACAUGGGGCAGAGUGAGGUGCAAUUAGGUGUUAGAUCCAUCACACAGGGGCAAAGUGAGGUGCAAGUAGGGGUUAGAUCCAUCACACAUGGAGCAGAGUGAGGUGCAACUAGGGGUUAGAUCCAUCACACAUGGGGCAGAGUGAGGUGCAAUUAGGUGUUAGAUCCAUCACACAUGGAGCAGAGUGAGGUGCAACUAGGGGUUAGAUCCAUCACACAUGGAGCAGAGUGAGGUGCAACUAGGGGUUAGAUCCAUCACACAUGGGGCAGAGUGAGGUGCAAUUAGGUGUUAGAUCCAUCACACAUGGAGCAAAGUGAGGUGCAACUAGGGGUUAGAUCCAUCACACAUGGAGCAGAGUGAGGUGCAACUAGGGGUUAGAUCCAUCACACAUGGAGCAGAGUGAGGUGCAACUAGGGGUUAGAUCCAUCACACAUGGAGCAGAGUGAGGUGCAACUAGGGGUUAGAUCCAUCACACAUGGAGCAGAGUGAGGUGCAACUAGGGGUUAGAUCCAUCACACAGGGGCAAAGUGAGGUGCAACUAGGGGUUAGAUCCAUCACACACAUACAUUGCACUAUAAGGAGGGCCCACUCUGUCACACUUGUGUGUUUCCCAUAUUGCUGCCUGAUAACAGUGGAGAGGGCCACGUGUAGCUGUGGUUUUAGUGUGGGGCCCCAGGCACACGCUAGAGAACAUGUAUGUACACAUAGUGAUGCGUGUGAGCCCUCUCAUUGCUCUGGAUCUGCCCAUAUUUAUCUACAAGGACUGGGAAAUGUAAGAUCCGUGGGGGCGGGAAUGUUGCCAUUAACCAUGUGACAAAUAAUGCGUGAGGGGUGUGGCCAUGGCUCCUUGGGGGAGGAGAAUGGAAGCCAGUGUUUCCUGUAUUUAUUAACCCUUUGGGGCAUUGCCUGUAUAACUUGAAUGAUACCCAGUGUAACUAAAUGCACCCCAGGCUCUAGUAGAAUAAAAACUCCCACUGACAGCUUGGGGGCCCCCAGGUGGAAGGGCCCCUGACAUUCUAUCUUGUCUCAUUUGCCCCUGCGUCUGGGAGGGCCUGUGGGGCAUAAAGUCACCCCCUCACUAGUGUAAGUUAAAGGGGAACUUGUUCUACAUGAGACAAUAAAUGGGCCUUGUUUGGAA